AUGUCGGCGAGCUUCGUAACACUCAAGAAAAAACCAAGACCAACAGUGGACCCACCAUUCACACUGAAAGAAUUAAAAGCGGCUAUUCCCGCACACUGCUUCGAGCGAUCGACUUUGAAAUCGUUUUCCUAUGUGGCUCUGGAUCUGUCUGUUGCCUGGUUCCUUUUUUUCUGCACGGGAUAUUUCAAUCAUCCUUAUUUACCUUCAUUUGCUGGAUACAUUUUGUGGCCAAUUUAUUGGAUCUGUCAAGGCUGUGUGUGUACCGGCAUUUGGGUUUUAGCCCACGAGUGUGGCCACUAUUCGUUCUCCGACAGUAAAAUAGUCUGUGACUUUACUGGUCUUGCCUUACACACGGCUCUCUUGGUGCCGUACCAUUCAUGGCGAAUUAGUCACGCAAAGCAUCACCGUAGCACCAACGAUAUGGACCGUGACGAGGUGUUCGUACCAAGUACCAAAGCCGAGUUUAGCCAAGCAGGCUUGGCAGCUCUUUCUCCCGGAUGGAACGUCUUAGGGUUGUUGAAGCUAUCCUUAUUUGGAUGGCCCGCUUAUUUGCUCUUUCACGUCACGGGCCGGAAGUAUCACACGCAUACAGAUCACUUCAAUCCGAAGAGUCCCAUUUUCAGCGACAAAGAGUACAGAGAUAUCGUCCUUAGUGAUAUCGCUUUAGUUGCGUGGAUCAGUUUCCUUGGAUAUCUGGCCUACGUCAACUCCGCCAUGUGGUUACUCAAAGUCUACAUCAUCCCUUAUCUCAUUGUCAACUUCUGGCUAGUCUUCAUAACGGAUUUACAGCACUCUGACGCUACCGUGCCGCAUUACAGGGGUAAACAAUGGAAUUGGCUCAAAGGUGCUCUGUGUACAGUCGAUCGUGAUUACGGUAUUUUGAAUUAUGUGUUUCACCAUAUCGGGGACACCCAUAUAGCGCAUCAUCUGUUCUCGCACAUGCCACAUUACCACGCGGUUGAGGCUACAAAGUACUUAAAGAAGGCUUUAGGUGAAUAUUAUUACAGAGAUGACACACCCAUAUUCAAGGCUAUGUGGCUCACAGGAAGGUACUGUCGUUACGUAGACGACUCAGGCGACAUUUUGUGGUAUAAACAUGACUAA